UAUACAAGAUGGCGGACAGGAAAAAACUGUCCAGCCGAAACGACAGAGGCAGAGGACAUACAGUUUACACACUCAAAUCAGUCUUUGUUUUAGGGCAUGCCGAGUUGAUAACAUUUUUGCUUUUUUCUUUGAUUUUAUUGUUUUAUACAGCGGAAUGUUUGAAAGGCUGUAAUGGUUGUGAUCAAGGGCGAUGUAUCAAUGAUACUUGCGUUUGUUUACCUGGUUGGCGAGGAUUGUUAUGUGACGAAUGUUACGGAAGAAUAAGUUUGCAGAAAGGGCGUGAAGGUGUCAUUCAUGAUGGAGCAGCAAAUUACUCAAAAGACCUCAGUUGCAGCUGGCUGUUAGAGGCUGAUGCUCCCAACAUGCGUGUCCACCUUCAGAUAAAUGAUUUUGCUACUGAAUGUGUUUGGGAUCAUCUUUACAUUCACAACGGGGAUUCUGCAUUUUCACCCUUAAUUGCUGCUUACAGUGGCAUAUUGUGGGGUCUCAGAAGUAAACCUCACCUGAAGUUCCAGCUCAAGGGGAAAUAUGCAUUUAUACAUUUCUACAGUGAUGCUGCCUUCACCUUGCCAGGUUUCAAUAUUUCUUAUGUAAUUGACGACUGUGCCUUGGAAUGCUCAGAAAAUGGAGUCUGCAACAACAGUGUGUGUCAGUGUCAGCCUGGAUUCACAGGACAGAACUGUGACUCUGUAAUUGAUCAUUGUGCUUUCAACUGCUCAGAUUAUGGCGUUUGUGACAAUGGUGCUUGUGACUGUUUCGACGAAUACCAGGGCCCUUACUGCAGUAUUUCCAAACGAGACCUAUAUGUGAACACCAUGCCACUGCCUCCUCGUGCCUUGUCAAGAAGAGCUUCCUUGUCCUUAUUGGCUGAUGGCGAUGGAGAUCUUUGGAUACUAGGAGGCUACAAGAUGGGUGACAUGAGACCAGAUAACAACAUGUUCAAGUACAUUCCACGGAAUAAAACCUGGGAACAACCAACAGAAAUUGGAAUGUCGCCAUUGUCUAGAUAUGGACACUCUGCUGUUUACUACAAAAAUGCAUUUUUCAUAUAUGGAGGUGUGAGCAAUACUCGAGUGCUGAAGGACUUUUGGAAGUACGACAUUGUAGGAAAGUCAUGGAGCGAAUUCUCACCUGGUCCUCGCAACAUCUCGGGCCACACAGCACAUGUUUAUGAAGACACAAUGAUUGUGUUUUUUGGCUACAGCAGUGAUUUCGGCUACUCCAGUAAAGUCAUGGAGUAUAAUUUUACCUCUGGAAAUUGGACUGUAGAUGAAACGACUGGCAGUCGCGUCCAGGGUGGAUACGGUCAUACCAGCGUGUUUGACCACAGGCGAAUAAAGAUUUAUGUGUAUGGAGGGUAUCACUCUCAGGGAACCUCCAACUACAAGCUGACUGAUAAAUUAUAUCAGUAUGACCCAGUACUGAAAGAAUGGUUUGUACUACGUAGCAGUGGUUCUGCUCGCUACUUACAUUCUGCGGCCAUGAUGAAUGGAUUGAUGAUAACAUUUGGAGGCAACAUCAACAAUGAUACAAGGCUGGGCCCACAAGCUAAAUGUUUUGCCUCAGACUUCAUGGUUUAUGACAGAGAUUGCAAUAGUUGGUUUACUCUUCCAACCCCGGAAAUAGUUGGGGACUCAGAAGGUAUUGACCGUUUUGGACAAGCAAUGGUCAGCGUCAACAACGUGAUAUACAUGUUUGGUGGUUUCAACUCUAUUGCAAAGUAUGACUUGCUAGAAAUAAGAGCUGGAAACUGCUCUUUCUAUGAAAAUGAGAACUCCUGCUCCCAAGCUCGACCAGGAGUGAAGUGCUUGUGGGAGGGAUCACAGUGCAGAAUGGAUGAUGUGAUUGGGGAUGAAACACAUGACAACUGCCCAAAUUCACAAGGAGGCAUUGAACUGCACUGAAGAUGUUGGUCAGUUCUGUGGCAUGUUUCUCAAAUGCAAAGCUUGUGAGGACCAUCCUCAGUGUGUGUGGGACACAAGUGAUAAAUGUAUUGAAAGGACAGGCAGUGCUUUGACAGCUGGAAAGAGCACCUGUGACAAACCUUGCAGUGGAUUCUCGGGCUGUGAGAACUGCACCCAGGCCAAAUGUAUGUGGUGCAGCAGUUUGAACCAGUGCAUUGACACAAACUCUUAUGUGGUCUCCUUUCACUACGGUCAGUGUAUGGACUGGACAACCAGCAGAAGCGCCUGUCAAGCAAACAAAUGCUCGGCUUUAAAGAAUUGUGAAGACUGCCAAGCACGGCCCAAGUGUGGAUGGUGCAAUGAUGAAUCUGAGACUGGCACGGGCGUUUGUUUUGAGGGAGGCAUGAGUGGACCCAUCAAACUAGUAGACAGCAUGCCACAGCUUGAUCAAGGCAAAUGUCCUGAUCUCAGCAACAGAUGGUUCUUCAACAGCUGUCCCAAGUGCCAGUGCAACGGUCAUUCUAUUUGCAAAAAUGAUUCUGACAUUUGUGAGAACUGCACUUUCCCGAUGUACGGUCCUCAUUGUGAAUAUUGUGAGGAUGGCUUCUAUGGGAACCCGGAGAGCAAUGGAACAUGCAAGCCCUGUUUCUGCAAUGGUCAAGCUGAUUCAUGUGAUCCUGUUACUGGCAACUGCUACUGUCGGACACGCGGGGUCACCGGCAAAACCUGUGAAAAGUGUGACACUACUAACAGAUAUUCUGGCGACCCAAAAAAUGGUGGCUUGUGUUACUAUGAACUGAACACAGACUUCCAGUAUACUUUUAAUUUGUCCAAGAAAGAAGAUGGCAACUAUACGCAGAUCAAUUUCCUGAAUGCGCCAACAUCUAGUGACAAAGACGUUGACUUCACUCUGAAUUGUUCCACUCCUGCAUUGAUAAACAUAACUUACAGAUCAAAGUCCUUCCCAGAGGAGAAGGAGUAUGUGAGUGGUCGCAUAUGUGACUACUUCCGCACUAAGUUUGAACACAAGAACCAUGCCUUCGGGGGCAAAGAGAACACUACCUUCUUGGUCUAUGUGUACAACUUUAGGACACCAUUCAUUUUGCAGAUAUCUUUCUCCCAGUUUCCUAAAAUUGAUCUAGUUCACUUUUUCGUAACAUUCUUUAGCUGUUUUCUCUCGCUGGUGUUGAUAGCAGCAGCACUGUGGAAAGUAAAACACAAGUACAACAGCUACAGGCGAAGACAGCAAUUGAUGGUGGAAAUGGAACAAAUGGCCAGCAGACCCUUCUCUACUAUUGGUAUAGAGAUAGAUCGCAAGUCAAACCCGAUCACAGUGGACAAGAAAGAUCAUUUAGAUUCAGUAUUGAGGCGAAGGAGAAAGGCGGGGAAUAAACCGUCAGCUGUGGCCAUAGAACCCUUGAAGGACAACAAGGCAGCCAUCUUGAGUCUCAUCAUCCAGCUCCCCACAGGCGGCUCAGACUACGCCCCCAGUGGUCAGUCAGGACUGGCUGUGGGCAGUGCUCUAGUCUCCAUUGGAUCUCAUCGGAAACAGAGCUUAGAGCAUAUUAAAGGAGAGAAACCAAAGGUUCGGAAAAACCUCACAUACAAUCAUCCGGAUACUUGUGCCUGAGAACCGUACAACUACAAAAAAUGAGUAUUGCUGUUUUAGAUAUAUAUAUAUGCAUUUCUUUGUUGUGCGUAAUUUAGCAAGCCGUGUUUGCAAACUUUGAGACAUGUUGGCCCUCAUGGAUUGCAGUCAAUUCCACAAAGCAGUGCCCUGUCCACAAGAUUUUACGUAGGAUGCUGUCGAGGAACUUUGAUGGCAAGUACGUACAUCUGCAAUUUAAAAGUUCCACAUAUGACGAUAUGAAUGAGUAGAGCAACACGACUUUGACAGAGCUUUUAAGCCUAGCUUAUGUCAAACCAGCAUCCCCCCAAAACACCCUCCUACAUGUAGAGACAAUCUUAAUUUAAAAGUUAAAAUUCGAUUUUUGUCCCAUGUUCUCCUUUAUAUUUAUGUCCAUAAGGCAAUAAGGGAUUCAUUCUGUCAACUCCUCUUAAUGGGAUUACUGUAGGUUCCAUAAUGUUUUCAAGAGUAAUAUUCUGAAGUUUUGAGAUUCUUUUGAACCAAAGAAAGAUUCUCAUAGACUUACACCCUAUUUUACUGAGAAAAAAAAUGUGGAACAGCAAGCUCAUAAUAAUAAAUGAAAAUUGAAGUGAUUCUCAAGGUUUGUUGAACUGUGAUAUGCAUGAUGUUGCUGAUCAAAGUGCAAUACAAGGAAUGUUUGUCUUAAUGCAUUUGCAUUCUUGAAAGAUUGGUGUUGGAUGAGUUCCUCUCUUUCUUACUGAAUAAAUCUUGCCUUGCAAUCAACCACUGCUCCUCUUUUUCAUAAAAUACACUGUAGCUAUUUUGACAGUUGAUGAUACUCAUCCACAUCUUGCCUUGAGUGACAUAUACUUAAGUGUGAGACACACACUUCAAUAAGACUCACAAACACCGGUGUAUCGGGCUAAUAUCAAUAAGACGCAGGUAUUCCUGUAUUUGGGAACAUCAACUGGACACAAACGAUUGUAUCAUAUCCUAAUGUUGAUAUGAAGUUUGACAGCCAAUGUAAUAUUCAGAUUUCCAUUUAUUUGCAAUACAAGUUUAUUUGCCAGGGGCGGUUGGUUGCGUACUCUUAUUAAUCUUCUGGGACUCUGGAGCCUCUGAUAUAGCAUGUGCAGACUUUCAUGUAUCAGAGGAUUAUCAAUGUAUAAUUUAUAUGUGAUUGUUGAUGUAGACAUAUAUGCGAUACACAAAUAUCUUUGUUAGUAUCAACCACAGUGUUGCACACAAAUGUCAAAGUAUAAUGCAAACAUAGAAAUAAUACACCAAUGUCAACGUAAAACACAAAAAUAUGUGAGAUACAUAAUAUACAUCAAUGUACCUAAACCCUGGACGUCUCAUCUCUAGGUCAGAGGUAACAUAUUAACAUUAAUGUAUGGCACGCAUGUCAGGCUGACAUGCAGACAUCAAAGUUGCAGAUAUGUGCAUCAGUUCAGCACACAAGCUCUGUGUGGGUUGCAUUGCACUCUUUAACAGCUCAGAGGUUGUGAUGUGGCUACCUGUAGGAUGGUCGAUGGGCUUGCAUUUUAUGUAUAGAGCGUAACAGGGCUUGUUUUUCAGGAAAGAUGCUCACUUUUUUGUGCCGUCAUUUGUGUUGUAUUUAGUUCACUAAUAAAAAGGACAUGAAUUGUUUAUUGUUGUACUCAGUGGUAUCCACCUUAGAAUAAGCCACCUUGACACUCCUUCAAGAGCUCACUUUUGUCAAUGUGACUUAAUUUUUUUCAUUACAAUCUUCUUGUUAAAAUAUCUUUUCUAAAAAUUAAAAUCUGAGUAGUCUGGUUCAGUCUGAGAAAGAAGAACAAUUGUCUUAAUAACCUGAUUUGCUGUUAAACAACUUUAAGGGAAGAAAGUCAUUCUCCUGGAGAGGGAAAACUCAUAACGGUUUUGCAUCCAGUGAGACCCAUUUGAAUGAUGGGUGGGGAGUGUCUCUUUCUUUCAUUUGAUCGUGAUCAUCUCUUGACUCAAGCAUUGCAGUCACCAAAGGGUCAUAUUUGAAUUAACAAUAAGCAAAUGAGGUAGCUUUGUUGUGUGAGCGAUGUUGCUUCACUUGAAUUCACCUAAAAUGCCAGUCUGUAUGAGAACCAUGUCUCCCAAUGAGGAGGUUUACGAGGUGAGACUUGUUCAUUUUGUAACCUUUUUAAAAUUCUCGUUUUGGGAAAAGGGGGGGGGGGGGGGGGGUACUUUUCAUUACUAUGAGUAAAAUUGGAUGUAAUUUUUUUUUACUAAUAUGCUUGCCUAUUCUUUCAUGAAAACUUGUCAUCUAAAAUAAGAUAUGUAGUGGAAUAAAAAGUUCAGGACCGCAU